CAGAGAGUGUUUCAGUGAUCACUCAUAUCAGUUUCCUUUCCACUACAGCAGCAGCAAACAAACUGCAUCAUCCUCUAUGGACCCGCUCUCGGCCCUCCGCGACUUCACAGUCCGCGGUGACCUCGACAAGAUCGUCCGGGUCAACGACGAGUUCCGGUUCGGCUCCGACUACAGCUUCCCCUGCCACGCAGAGACCGCCUACCGCUCCAAGCAAGGCAACCUCUACACCCUCGAAACCCUCCUUUAUUACGUCAACAACCACCAUAUCAAGCACACCGACUACAUCCAGUGCGCCCGCACCCAGGGAAUCCCCUCCGUCACUUUCCCCGACCGCAAGCCCCUCCUCGACUACCUCACCGGAAAGAUCUCCUCCUCCGACUCCAUAGAGUUCCUCCUCCCUCCCCAAAACGACGCCGUCCACCUCACCAAAAUCUCUACCACCCUCGAUGCCGCCAGCAACGCCAACCUCAUCAGCAGCGACAACGGCCAUUACGACGCUUCGGAUUCUCGGGUUUUUACUCAAAUCGAGACGCCGGUGGACUACAUGUCGUUGAUUUGCUCCAGCGAGCGCCCGUUGAAGGACCGGGAGGGAUUGCUGGAGUGUAAAGGUAGGAACUUUUACGCUGUUUUGACCUCGGCGACGAAGCGAGAAGAGGAACGACAGCGUAUUGAGUCCCAGCAGAGGAAGGAUGGGCUGGUGGCGAAGAGUAGGCUAAUGGGUUCCGACGAGAGGGGCAUGACCGGGUUCGGAGACGAAUCGGGUUACGACCCGAACCCGAAGCCUAAAUUGCACCUCAAGGGGGGUAAAAUUGGGGAAGGUGUGCCCAUAAUUUUGGUGCCCAGUGCUUUUCAGACGCUGAUCACGAUUUACAAUGUGAAGGAGUUUUUGGAAGAUGGGGUUUAUAUACCCACUGAUGUGAAGGUGAAGCAGAUGAAAGGGGCGAAGCCGGACUGCGUGACUGUGCAGAAGAAGUUUAGCAGGGAUAGGGAUCGGGUGGUGACAGCUUAUGAGGUUAGGGAUAAGCCCUCGGCGUUGAAGGCGGAGGAUUGGGACCGGGUUGUGGCGGUUUUCGUGUUGGGGAAGGAGUGGCAGUUCAAGGAUUGGCCCUUCAAGGACCAUGUUGAGAUUUUCAAUAAGAUUAUGGGGUUUUUCAUGCGGUUCGAAGAUGAUAGCGUGGAGUCGGCAAAGAUUGUGAAGCAGUGGAAUGUGAAGAUCAUCUCGAUUAGCAAGAAUAAACGACAUCAAGAUAGAGCUGCUGCAUUGGAGGUGUGGGACAGAUUAGAAGAAUUUGUGCGGUCAAGAGCACACUCUUGAUGUGCAUCAAGUUGCGGAAGAAAGAGAUUAUAGCAGUCCUGUUGGUGCAGGUUGCGCUUUUGUGCUCCUUCAACUUUUAAGUUUUGCUAUCAAAAUUUUGAGGAUUUUUUAGGAUACGUAACGUUGCAUUUUUUUCUGAGGAGUGAUGAGACUAUAUCAAUCUAAGAGUACAUGGAGAUGCUUGGCUGAAUAUCCAGGGUUGGCAAGGAGAAUGGCUGAGGAUGGAUACAUGAAGAUGGACUUGUCGUUUAACAUAUUUGCAAUGUUAAGCAAACCUUUGCCCGACCAUUGCAGAUAUGCAGAGGGUUUCCCAGUCCAUCUAAAACUGAUUGAGAAACAGUGGUCCACGCCAUUGAACCAUCUUUUCCUGAGGUUCUGCAAGACUCUGCGUGACAUUCAUCGAAUGCGGUAUCUUCACAUAUUUGCAAACAAGUCGGAAGGUAUACAGGUCCAACAUCUCCAGCCAUCUAGGGGGACAAACUGCGUUAUACAGCAAACGCUCGUAGUGGAAGUGAUGUGUGUAUCCGCGAGGACGGAGAUCGAAAAGCCUAUUUGUAUAUUGUGAUUGAUGUUUAUGAUCGUAAUUCUAAUUCAGUUGAUUGUGGCAGAAGAUCGUCGAUAGUGUUACAGGUUUUGUUUUUCA